GGUGCGGCGCAGGGCAGGUGGGCUGGCAGGCGAUGGGCGCGUGGGACAGAUAGUGUUAGCGAGCGCUUGGUAGAGUGAAGGUGAGGGGCCCUGCAGUGCGUCGAGUUUCGCGACACCUCGACCCUGUCUGUCUGAUCCUCGAUCCAGCCUGCCCUGCCUACAUAAUGGGUUUCCAGCAAGUCUCACCCUCUCCUGGCCCUCAGCGGGCGGCAUCCCCACCAUCAGGAGCUACCAGUAAGGGUCGCCGCCCCAAUUCCCUCAGUGUGGGUUCAUUGACAUCCUCCAAAACUUCACCAAGCAGAUCCUCUCCCGCCCGAUCCCCGGUGCCGAAAAGAACUGGGAGUGUGAGCAAAGCGUCCACGCCUCCAGGCAAGCCCCUUACUUCUGCCCAGGGGCCCGUUCUGGCUACGGAGGCGCGCAGCAAGGUGCGACCCUGCGGCUGCUCGCGACGGCACGGGGCAGGUCACCACCACCCGCCGGAGACUCCAAAGGGUGAGUCUCUAGACACUUAG